UUAAUUGCAUGAUUCCCCAACUUACGAUAUGAGUUUUUCUAUACAAAACUCCACUUGCAAAUGGUAUAUUUGAAAAUUUAGAUUUACAGAUGUAUAUAUGUGUAAAUAGAUGAUUUUGCAUGGGGUAUAUACAUGUAAAAGCAGCUAAAAAGUCCAACUAAAAGUUUCGGAAAAAAAAGGGGAAAGAACUUAGUGAAAUCAAAAGUAGAAGUUCAUCUUUGUAGACAUGAAAUACUAGUAAAAUAUUAGUGGAAAGAAGAACUAAUAAUCAAGAAUAUGCAGGUAAUAAAAACAAGCUAUCCCUCUGUAUGGUCAACAACACCUGCAUAUGCACUAUUACCGAUGUUUCUACAAGAGGAGUGGUUACAGUGGAGUAGAGAAUCAUACAAACACCUAUAAAUAUAGAAACAGUCCCUAAAUCAUACCGUAUCACAGUUCAAUAUCAUGGCUUCUCACAAAGUACUCAUUGCAAUUUCUAUUGUUUCCUUUUACUUCUCCCUUUCCCUUGCUUUCCCUGGAUUCAACCCUUUCUGGGGUGGUUUUCCUGUUGGGGGAGUUCCACAGUGGAGUCUAUACCCAGAAUACUAUCAAUUCUCUUGCCCUCAAGUAGAUGAAAUUGUGAUGUCUGUUUUAGAGAGGGAAAUUGCAAAGGAACCUAGAAUGGCUGCUUCUCUCCUUAGGCUUCAUUUCCAUGAUUGCUUUGUUCAGGGAUGUGAUGCAUCACUUCUAUUGGAUGAUAGCGAGAAAAUUGUAAGUGAGAAAGGUGCAGUUCCAAAUAAGAACUCUCUAAGAGGGUUUGAAGUGAUUGAUGAGAUAAAAGCCAAAGUUGAAGAAGUAUGCCCAGGAACUGUUUCCUGCGCUGACAUUGUUGCUCUCGCCGCAAGAGAUUCUACUGUAUUGAGUGGUGGACCUACUUGGGUGCUUCCACUGGGAAGAAAGGAUUCAAUAACAGCGAGUUUAAAGUUUGCAAAUGCCAAUAUACCUCCGCCAAAUUCAACCUUACAGCAUCUCCUAAAACUCUUCCAAAGGCAAGGGCUGGAUGAAGUGGAUCUGGUAGCUCUCUCAGGAAGCCAUACAAUUGGAAUGGCAAGAUGUGUGAGUUUCAAACAAAGGCUCUACAACCAGAAUGGAGAUAAUGAAGCGGACGCAACCCUAGAAAAAAGCUUCUAUUACACUUUGAGAUCAGUGUGUCCCCGCUCGGGUGGCGAUAACAACAUAACUCCCCUUGAUUUCACUAGUCCCACAAAGUUUGACAACUAUUACUACAACUCGAUUAUGCAAGGAAAAGGACUCCUUAACUCAGAUGAAGUUCUUCUGACUGGAAAUGAUGCAAAAACAAUGGAUUUGGUUAAAAGUUAUGCAGAAGAUGAACAGCUCUUCUUUGAACAGUAUGCUAAGUCAAUAGUCAAAAUGGGGAACAUAAGUCCCCUCACUGGCUUUAAUGGAGAAGUUCGCAAGAAUUGUCGCAGUAUUAAUGAGGAUAUAUAGUCAUCCAGUUAUUUUGGCUUUUUUGCACUUGUCCUGGUUAGUACGAGUAUUCUAUGGUGUUUGAGUGUGCUAACUCUUAUAGUUUCUUGUUUGCUAUGAUGCAUCUGUAAUCAAUAUUGCUGUUAUUGCUUAAUGUACUGCAACUCCUUCAAAGGAAGCAUGGCUUGUUAAAUCGGCUUAACAAAGUUAUUCAAACUUUGGCUA